UACCGGUAUCGUACACUAAAAGGUGUAGGCUUACCUGGACGAGUACCAGAUUUACUGAGAGCUUACCUGCACGAGUAUCCAGCUUCCAACUACAAUAUUCACCAUGGGUAAAGAAGACAUGCAUCUGAUUUGGGGAUCCGGAAGCGGACCCUGUUGGAAAGCAAUGAUUGCCCUCGCUGAGAAAGGAUUCGAUGACAUCGAAAAAACAUUAAUUGAAUUUUCAAAGAAGGGACAUAAGAGUAAGGAAGUUAUGGAAUUAAACAGUAGAGGCCAGGUUCCAACCUUCAAAGAUGGUGACAUCAUUGUGAACGAGUCCAUGGCGAUUUGUCUCUAUUUGGAGAAAGCAUACCCAAAUAGUGGAACAAAGCUUCUGCCAGAAGAGGUAGCUGAUUAUGCCAAGGUGAUUCAACUUGCAAUAGAGGCACAAGAGAACCUCAAUAUGAAGAUUAUGAUAAAGUGCAUCUACUUCACGUGGAUGACUCCAGAAGAAAAGAGGGAGGGAAAAGAAUUUAUUGAAGCUUUUGAAAAUAACAUCAAAGAUCUGAAAGAGGAACUCAAGAUUUGGGAAAAACAUGUUAAAGAGUCUGAAAGUGGCCAUGUUGGUGGAAAAGCUUUCUCCUUGGCUGAUGUGGUAUUGUAUACAUUUGUGGCAUAUUUGGUACGAUUUGGCAGCAGCCUCGACGACUAUCCAAACCUCCUCAAGUAUUACAAGAAUUUAGGAGAGCGGCCUAGUAUUGCAAAAACAUUCCCACCACAUUGGAAAGAAGGGCCAUUGGAGGGAAAGAAACUGUUAUUUAAAGGAGCUUUGUAAAAACAUUGGUUGUCUGAACUGUUAGUGCUUCAGAUUUUCACUUUGAGAUUGGAACUAGAUUUUCUGACAAAGACUAAAGAGAAAGCCUGAAUCAUGAAAUGGUUUUUAGAGACAGAUACCUUACAUCUACAAUAAUCUUAUAUAUAGUUACUUGACACGUACUGAUCCUUCUUGUCUGAAUUUGUACUGAGUUCUUUUUAUCAUACUUGUCUUCUGAUUAAAAUCUUGAAUAAACUUAUUUUGCUGGAACAA